CACCUGUCUGAGGUUUCAGACUCGUCCCAUGCAGCCUGCACGUAGAGCUCCUUCCCACCGUGGCGUCCUCCAACGGGACUGACACAGGGGCAGCGCGGAAGACCUCAGAGACCAGCUGCAGCCGCUGGGAGUGAGUGCUACACGAGGACAGAGGUAAUAGAGACGACAGCUUGAUUUUCUGGUUGCAUCAGCAAACACCAAGAUGCCGCGCUACUUAGGAUAAGCAGCCAACAGAUUUCUCACAAUAGGGCAGGUUUUUUCCUUAUCUGUGUCUUGCCUGAGAAAGGACAAGGAAAGAACAACUUGUAGGCAAUGUUAUGCUGAAUAAGAGAGACCGAUACAGAAAUGCAAUGCUAUUGCAUAUGGAUAUUCAGGGCUUACUUUGAUAUCCAAAUCUUGCCAAGAAAAAGUUCCCUAAACUUGGGUUUCCGCUUGCUGAAAUGAGUGCAAGGAAAUUUGAUGAUUAAAACUUGCUUUGUGGGUUUCUCAGAAGGCACCGAUUACAGCUCUACUGAAUUAGAAAAAGAAGAAAUACUGCAAACAAAAUAUGAAAAUUCAUUUCAUAUCUUCCAUUUUUUUCCAAGGAUUUUGUAUUGCAUCUCCAGACUUUUUGCAGAAUGCUUCUUUUCUUUAUUUCAAUCAGUGAAAGCUGUGCACAAGGCCUGCAGGACUUUGGAACCGGGCACCCAAAAUCUGAGCCUGAGAAAAAAGUUCAUCCGCUGGGUUCUGGAAAGAAUAGUACUGCCCAGUAGUUGGUGCUACAUCUCAGUCUUACCAUGAAUCAAACAGAAUCUCAGGAUAAUGCCAGGUACACUCAGAUUGCAAGUAGAUUACCAGGCAAUAGGCUCCUUACAUCUGACCAUGAAUCUGACUCCAAACUCCUGAGUGCUGCGCAGGCUUCAGUCCAGAGCCCUGUCUCCAGUGACUGUGCCAGCCACAUGGACCAUUCUGCUAGUGAGGUACUCCACAUCACUGAGCACCUGAGGAACAUCAACAGGAAAUUUCAGAACUUCCGUGAGCUCUUCGAAAAAGGUCUUGACAGUCAAGAGAGAGUACCUGAAAAUAAGAAGCGGUACAGUGAGAUUUUCCGGAGUCUGGAUGCCAUAGAAAUCUCAAUUGGAAAUGCGACGGUUGAUAUGUUCAUUGGUGAUUUGGAUGGCAAUGACGACAUAGACUCGACCCCAGAAAGAGAGAUUGUUCCGUUGAGUGAAAGUUUCUGCAAGAGCAAAAACAUUUCAGAGAGGCAAGUGCAGACAGACAUAACAGUUGAGGAGGCAGAUGAAAUGUUGAUAAAAUGUGAAGGUGGCAUUGAUGCAGCCCUUGAAUAUGCCAAAAUGUGGUGUAAAUAUGUCAAAGAGCUCCUUAGCUGGAUUGAAAAACGUCUGAAUUAUGAAACAGACUUUGCCAAAGGGAUUGUGAAAAUAGCAGAAUCAGGAAGAAAUGCGAUUAUCCAUCAGUCCAACAUGCCUCUUCGGGCACUCUACACAAUGGUCCUGGAACAUGACAUUAUGGUUGGAAACUCAGCUAAUGAGACUGCAGGAUUGCUUCAACAGAAAGAAUUCUACCAGCCUCUGUCAGCCAAGAAGAAUGAAAUUGAGAAGUGGAGGAAAGAAUUCAAAGAUCAGUGGAUAAAGGAACAAAAGAGAAUGAAUGAAUCCUUGUCAUCCCUGCGCAAGUCCCGUCUGCAAUAUGUACAGCGCUGUGAGGAGCUGGAGAAAGCAAAGCACCUCAGUGCCAAGGCAGAGGAUGAAUACCAGAGCACAGCGGUCACUCAUCCUGGCAGUGCCAACAAGCAGCUGGAGAAACGCCGCCGGUCUUGCGAGGAGGCACAAGCAAAGGUUCAAGAAACAGAAGCUUUGUACAAGAUGUGCAUCAGUGAUGCCAACUUCCGACGACAAGAACUGGAGAAAGUGCGGGCACGGAUUGUUUCCCAUAUUCGGAAACUCAUUUAUCAAGGAGAUGAGGUGCUGACAUGGGUCACGUUAAGGAUGUUCAAGCAGCGGCAGAUUCAGUCUGAACAGAUUCCAGCGGGUUACCAGCACCUGACUGAGGUCUGCAGACCAUACAAAGUGGGUGAGAAAUACCUGGAAUUCAUUCAGACUCUGCAGAAGAAAGAAGUCCAUAUGGAGGUGUUUGAAUUUGAGCCACUUGCUUCCGGGGGGCAAAGGUCCCCCCCCGGUGGCAAAAAAAAGACAGCAUUGCAUUACACAGGAGCCUCUUCUGCAGCAAAGGAUGUGAGCACUCCAGAAGAUGCAUCAAGAAAGCAGUUCUCCCCAAAUGGUGAACAGAGUAUGAGCAAGUCCCUCUGCAGCGAUACAGAAAGCCCUGGUGGGAGUUGUGAAUCCCGAUCUCUGGACUCUCCCAAUUCCAGCCCAGGAAACUCUAACAGGAAGUUGCUAAAAGCUCCAUCCACUGGCACCAUGUCCUCCUCUGAUGAUUUUGAAGAGAGAGAUUCAUUGCAAACUUUUGAAAAUGAAAAUGGAACGUUCCAGCAGCAGUUUAAGAACAUCCUUCUCUCCAGCGCAGCACAGACCCACCGGCUCAGGAAGCUCCGGGGGCCAUCCAAAUGCAGGGAAUGUGACACCUUCAUGGUCAAUGGCUUUGAGUGUGAGGAGUGCUACCUGACCUGCCACAAGAAGUGUCUAGAGAACCUGUUGAUCACCUGUGGCCACAAGAAGUUACCUAACCGAGUACCUCUUUUUGGCAUCGACUUCAUGCAAGUCCCUCGAGAUUUCCCAGAGGAAGUUCCCUUCAUAGUGGUGAAAUGCACCUCAGAAAUUGAAACUCGUGCCCUUGGAGUGCAGGGGAUCUAUCGGAUAAGCGGAUCCAAGGCCCGGGUGGAAAAGCUGUGCCAGGCCUUUGAAAAUGGAAGGAGCCUGGUGGAACUCUCUGAGCACUCCCCCCACGAUAUCACUGGGGUCCUGAAGCAUUUCCUGAAGGAACUUUCAGGACCUGUGCUGGUGUACCAGCUCUAUGACAAUCUCAUUGCUCUUGCCAAAGAUUUGCAAAAACCCAGUGAAGAAAAGAGGGACUGUGCAGGCUUCCCUUCAGAUCCCAUCCAGUGCAUGAAGGACUUGCUGAGCAAAUUACCUGGAACCAACUACAAUACUCUGCGGCAUCUCAUUGCACACCUGUACAGGGUGGCAGAAAAAUACGAAGAGAACAAGAUGUCCCCAAACAACCUGGGCAUAAUAUUUGGGCCAACUCUGAUCCGGCCAUGCUCAGGGAGCGAUGUCUCAAUGUCAUGCCUUGUUGACUCUGGGUAUCAAGCCCAGAUUGUGGAGUUUCUCAUUCAGAACUACGAAAGGGUGUUUGGGAUGGAUGACCUGCCUUCAUCCUUGUCCCUUGGAUGUGAAAAUCCUUCACAAGAAGCAUCGACGGAGAAGGAUGAAGGACAUCAGAACCCAGACAAAGUCCAGCAUAUAACUCUAGAGAAUUUCUCCUCCAAGCAUGAUUUAAAUGUGGACUAUGUGUCUGAUAACUCGUCUUCCAGGGAAGCCAUCAAUGAGCUGACUCUGGAGAGAGCCCACAGUCCAUUAAACACGGAUGCCCUAGUGAUGAAUAGAAGUAUUGACUCUGAGCUGGAGGACCUGGAGGACUCUGUGCAGGAAAAGACAGACAGUGAUUUGGACAUGGUCCUAGGGACCCAGCCCAGAGGCCAUUUCAGCCGUCAGCCAGUAAGAUAUAUUCGAACACAGGCAAAAAUGAGACCAGUCAUUCCCAAGUCUUCCAGUUUGCCUUUGAGAACUACUACUUUAUCCAGCACGGCAAUGGAGUUUGCUGCAGAAGGCAACCCUAAUGACAGCAGCUCCACAACAAAGGACAGCCUGGAGGAGAGCAGUAGGAGUAGGAACAGUUCACCAGACACGAGCACACUCAAGUGCCGCCCAGGCGGGAAACAGCAACUCAAACGUUUUGAGAUCACACAGGAAACUGCCAGGAUCGUCUCCAAGUUUAAAGUCGAUGACACUUCAACAUCCUCUGAGCCGUCUCUGGAGAGCACAGAGUCUACUGAGAAAGCAGUGAACCUCAACUCAGAGAUACUGCUACAGAAAGACCCCAAGGAUAAUAGAUAAUAGCAGUGGAAAGGGAGAAAGGACUGACAUCCCACACCAUGCUUCCUGCUGAAGAAAGAAAUAGCGAUGGGGUGAGGAUAACAUCUUAGCACGUGCAUUUACAACGCAGGCUAGAGAAAAGAACUUCUACUGUGAACUACCUGACAGAUGUUGAGCUAGCCUGGGAUUUGGUUUUUAUUCUAUAAGAAACCAUAUGAGUGUUAAGAAGCAAGUCCAAAGGCUCUCUUUUCGGAACAUAAAAAAAAAAGUGUGUGGCACCAGCUGGUUAUCUGAAAGGGAGGACUCAGUGUGGUUACAUGAAGUAAAGGAAACACAGAUUGUCUGGCUAAAAAGGUGUAGGCAGGAAGGACGUCACUGAAAUGUCUGGCAUUGGAAAGAAAACAUUCCCAACUGGUCAUUUUAUGGCAGCUACAAUAAGCACUUAUUUUUUUAGUUUUUAUUUCACAGUAUUUUUUCAGUGUAAAUCUAAUAGAACAGAGUACAUAGGCAAAGUUCAUGUACUCUAGGUCUUUGUGCUUCCAUUGCAGGACUUUCAAAUUUCUAGCUAGCACAAAGUCAUUUUAUAAAGCAAAAAGACACUGCUGCACUCUAAGCUGGACCCCCUUUCUCCAAAACAUUAAUUCUGUUUCUCUUGUAGCAUUUUAAGCUUCUUCCGUGUGAAGCUCCUGCUGUCAUCAAGAGGGUAAUCCCCUGAACCCGUUACAAAUGGGAAGAUUCUUGUUGGUCUAAGUCUAUGUAACCCUGACUUUCUGGUUCUCCAGCUCACCUGCAUGUGGAUUACCCCCAUAUUCACAGAAUCACAGCAUGGUUGAGGUUGGAAGGGACCUUCAGAGAUUAUCUAGUCCAAUCUCCCUGCUCAAGCAGGGUCACCUACAGCAGGCUGCCCAGAACCCCGCCCAGGCGGCUUCUGAAUAUCUCCAAGGAUGGAAACUCCACAGUCUCUCUUGGCAACCUGUUCCACCGCUCAGACAUCCUCGCAGGAAAAAAGUUUUUCUUAGAGUCAGACGGACCUUCCCACGUUUCAAUCUGGGCCCGUUGCCGCUCAUCCUAUCGCUGGGCACCACUGAAAAGGGUCGGCCCUGUCCUCUUUACACCCUCCCUUCAGAUACUUUCACACGUUGAUAAGAUCCCCCCUCAUCCUUCCCUUCUCCAGGCUGAACAGUCUCAGCUCUCUCAGCCUUUCCUCGUAGGAGAGAUGCUCCAGUCCCUCCAUCAUCUCAGGAGCCCUUCGCUGGACUCGCUCCUGUAGCCCCGGUCUCUCUUGCACUGGGAGCCCGGCACUGGACACGGCCCGCGGGGGAGCCUCGCCUCCCUUCCUGCCCACGGCGGCAGACUUUCUGCCGGUCCAAGGGCGGUACGAGCGCGGCGGCUCUGUCCUGCAGCGCCAUCUCGUGAUGCCCGCGAAACCCAGGCUCCGCGUACUGCUGAGGUCCUGGCUUUACUUUGUAUUAUGGGACGGGCCGCGUUACGGAUUUCCUUGCCGCUUGGUUGUGCCAGCAGGAUAGAAUUCAGAUGACGGUGUAAGAGCUUCCACAUUAGGGUAGAUUUCAGCAAUUACAAUCAGCUGCAAAGACACUAGGACACGUAUGAAGCCACCAGAGAUGAAUGCGAAAAGAAAACAUUACGCUUUCCCUAAACAGCUCAAGAGAUCAAACCAUCCACCUUGCAAUUUUUUUAUCUCAUCAGUAGACUAUGUUUUAGUUCUGUUUCUUAACAAAGUUGUAAAAGAAAUGCUAAGGAUUUAUGCAUAGUAUUUGUACAGUUUAGACUAAAGAGAAAGUUUGCAUCUCUGGAAAAAUGUAUAUUUGUUAAUAUAUUGCUUUGUAUUUUUGAAUACUAAAUUAUCUUUUAAUGUA